UCCAGGAACAGGCACACACAUCUCCAGACAUGGUGGGGAGGAGACGCCAUGGAGGCCGGGGCAGCGGCAGGGGACAGGAACAGGUCCACAGGGGGGCACCGCGCAGGGUCCAGGCCCUGACCCAGCCAGCCAUCUUCUCCUCAAAGAAAAGCUGUGAGUGCCUGGCACAGCGUAGGAGAGUCACCUUUGAGCAGGCCUGCCGUGGGACACCAGCGGGCCGGCCGGUGAGGGUCUACGCUGAUGGAAUCUUUGACCUCUUCCACUCUGGCCAUGCUCGUGCCCUGAUGCAGGCCAAGAACCUCUUUCCCAACUGCUACCUCAUUGUGGGAGUGUGCAGCGACGAGCUCACUCACAAGUACAAGGGCUUCACGGUGAUGACGGAGGAGGAACGCUAUGAUGCACUGACGCACUGUCGCUACGUGGACGAGGUGGUCCGGGAUGCACCCUGGACCAUCACAAGGGACUUCCUGGAGAAACACCAGAUUGACUUUGUCACUCACGAUGACAUUCCAUAUUCUUCUGCUGGAUCGGAAGAUGUCUACAAGCACAUCAAGGAAGCAGGUAUGUUUAUUCCCACCCAGAGGACAGAAGGGAUCUCCACGUCUGACAUCAUCACCCGUAUUGUGCGGGAUUAUGAUGUCUAUGCCAGACGCAACCUGCAGAGGGGCUACACUGCCAAGGAGCUCAACGUCAGCUACAUCUACGAGAAGAAGUACCGGCUGCAGAACCAGGUGGACAGGAUGAAGGAGAAGGUGAAGACAGUGGAGGAGAGGUCCAAGGACUUUGUGAAUCGAGUAGAGGAGAAGAGCCAUGACCUCAUCCUAAAGUGGGAGGAGAAAUCACGGGAGUUCAUCGGGAACUUCCUGCAGCUCUUCGGCCCUGAUGGAGCUUGGAGGCAGAUGUUCCAGGAGCAGAGUGGCCGGAUGCUCCAGGCCCUUUCUCCCUACCAGUCUCCCAGCACUUCUCCCAGUGUGAGCCCCACCAGGGGGCGCUCUCCGUCUCGCUCACCCUCACCCCCUUCCCACUGGGUUUCCUCAUCGCCAAAGGGUGGUAUCUUUAGCAGCAUGAGUGAGGGAGACAACGAUGACAAUGAUAAGUAGGGUAAGAGACAACACACAGGAACACACAUACACAUGCAUUCUCUUUCUUUUAAUAAAGCACUAUA